AUGGUCAAAAUCGAGGCCUUCGCAGUUGAACAGUGGAUGGACAAGUAUGAGACCAUUGCCAAGUAUAAUACCGCCGAGACCUGCUGCGCCUCCAUCUCCGUCGACGAUCUGCGCGUGCUGUCAGAGGAUAAGGAGUCCAACCCUCUGACCGAGCUUCAAUCUACAAAGCUCACAUAUGGAGCAAUUCUUGGGUCCGAUAAGCUGCGCACAACUCUUGCCAAUCUGUAUUCGGCGAAGACACCCGUUCAGUUGCCCAAGGAUAAUGUGUUGAUAACUGCUGGUGCAAUCCAAGCGAACUUCUUGUUGCUGUAUACAUUGGUUGAUCCAGAUGACCAUGUCAUCUGCCAUUAUCCAACAUAUCAACAACUCUACUCUGUACCUGCAUCAUUGGGAGCAGAGGUUAGUCUGUGGAAGUCUAACGAAGCGGAUGGGUGGCAAUUGGACCUUGAAGAGCUAAAAAGACUUAUUCGUCCAAAUACCAAGCUGAUCAUUAUUAACAACCCGCAAAACCCAACUGGAGCUAUCAUUUCCCAUGAAACUCUCAAGCAAUUGGUAGAAAUUGCGCGUGAGAAGUCUAUCAUUAUCCACGCCGAUGAAGUGUAUCGUCCAGUCUUCCACGGCAUCAGUCCUAUGGACUCAAAGUUUCCGCCUUCCCUUAUCUCGCUCGGGUAUGAACGCACAGUGGUGACGGGAUCAGUUUCCAAAGCAUAUAGCCUGGCAGGAUUGCGGGUUGGCUGGAUUGCCUCGCGUGAUAAGUCGAUUAUUAAAUCCUGCGCUGAUUCACGCGAUUAUACUACCAUCUCAGUCGGUCAGAUUGACGACGCGAUUGCCAGUUUUGCACUAUCACCAGAUUGCAUCCACAACCUUUUGAGGCGCAAUAUCGACCUGGCCCGGACCAAUCUUGCGAUUUUGGAGAAUUUCAUUGAAGACCAUCGGUGGGCCUGUGAUUGGGUCAAACCACAGGCUGGAACCACUGCAUUUGUGCGGUUCAACAAAUUGGGAAAGCCCGUAGAUGAUGUCGCUUUCUGCGAGAUGGUACUAGAGAAAACUGGUGUGAUGCUCGUACCUGGUAGUCUUUGCUUUGGAGGCGGAGAAGACUUUAAGGGCUAUGUCCGUAUUGGGUUUGUUCCUGAGACGGAAGUUUUGGAAAAGGGUCUGGAGGCAUUGCGAGUAUUCAUGGAGGAUGAAUAUGAGGAUGUUCCGGUAGUCAGAAAGUUAGCCCUGCGGUGA